UAUCUCUGCAUGACCCGCCCUUUCUUCUGUCCUCUGGUAUCUUAUGAACUUUGAGCCUCUUGCAGUCCCACCCCUCCUCUUUCUGUUCGAGCCCUGUUUAAAAUGUUGUCACUGUAGCUCAAGGGAAGUGUCAGAUCUGAAGGAACCACCCACACGGAGGCUGUUAGCACCCAAACAGCUGAACGGAAACAGAAGAGAACCAACCCCUGAUUUUAGGGCUUUACUCUGGAACAGACAGUUGUCUGGUAGCUGUGGGAAAUGAAAAAGCAGAGCCGGGGGGCGGGAUAGCUCAGUGUUUUGAGCAUUGGCCUGUGUUAAACCCAGGGUUGUGAGUUCAAUCCUUGAGGAGGCCACUUAGGGAUCUGGGGCAAAAAUCGGUACUUGGUCCUGCUAGUGAAGGCAGGGGGCUGGACUUGGUGACCUUUCCCUUCCCGUUCAAGGAGAUGGGUAUUUCUCCAAUUGUUAUUAUUCCUCAUAAUUGGGUUUUUUUUUCCAGGGAUGAUAAGAACAGUUCGGAUCAAGAACCAUUAACUUCCCACCAUGUUCUUCGCCUCAGGGUCAAUUAUUUUGCUGGUUGCGAUUUCAAAAAGAGCUAAUGGAGAGCCAGUGACCCAACCUGAUGCUCGAGUGACUGUGUCCCAAGGGGAACCAGUGCUGCUGAAAUGCACCUAUGACCCUACCCAGUCUCCAAGGCUCUGGUGGUACCAGCACUACCCAAAUGAAGCCCCUCGCCUCUUGCUGGGAGACUAUGAAGCAUCGGAUGAGGAGGAGAGAAGGAGCCGGCGAGGGUUCUCCGCCACACCCGACAAACAGGAGAAGACCUUCCACCUGAAGAAAAACUCCAGUGAACUGCGCGACUCCGCCGUCUAUUACUGCGCCAUGAGCGACACAGUGAUUGGGCCCGGCAGAGUCGCUGCACAGAAACCCGCGGGGGGAAGAGGAGGCGGCACUAAGGAUGUGUGGGUUAGAGCCCCAGAGGAACAGACUUUGCAGCGCGCCAGUGGAGUCAGUGAAUCCCAUCCCCAGGGUGUAAAUGUGCAGAGCUACACAGGAGUCAACGGGCCAGAUCCCAGGCUGCUGGGACUGGGUGGAGCUCAGUGGAAGCAAAUGAUCCAGUUCCUCAAAAUGUUAAAAAUCAGUGAGGAAUUGCACAGGAGUCAGCUGAGCUGCACUGGUUCCUAUCAGCUGAGGAUCUGAGCCAUUAAAAUAGGACAUUGCGGGUCUCUAGCGACAUUCAAAUGUUACAUAUUCC